AUGAAACUUCGUGGCGUGUUUCGAGCGACCAAACUGCCGUCUGGACAGCAUACCAUUGGCACCAAGUGGGUAUUCAAGAUCAAACGGAAAGCUGAUGGAUCCAUCGAGAAAUACAAGGCGCGCCUCGUGGCAAAAGGGUUCAAGCAGAAAUAUGGCAUCGACUACACGGAAACGUUUUCGCCGGUAGUCAAGUACGUGACGCUGCGCAUGGUGGUUGCAAUCACGAAGUACUUUGGCUGGACACUGGACCAACUGGACGUGGUGACAGCUUUCCUUUACGGAGAAAUGAAGGAAAAGGUAUUCUGCGCGAUCCCAGAAGGAGUCGAAGUUGAUGAAGACUUUGACUGCUUUGAACUGGUCAAGGCGAUCUACGGACUAAAACAAGCAUCGCGCGUAUGGAACGAGACUUUUCAUGAGUUCGUCUGCUCCAUUGGAUUUCAAGUCUCCGAUUUUGACCCGUGUCUUUAUCUCAAGAUUACAAGUGGCGAGUGCGUGCUUUUGCUGGUAUACGUCGAUGAUGUGUUGGUGACUGGCAGCUCAACCGAACUGAUUGUGCGCACCAAGAGUGACUUAAAGGCGCGUUUCGAAAUGACCGACAGUGGGAAGUGCGCAUUCGUGUUGGGCAUCGAGCUGGUGGACAACGACGACGGUAGCGUGACGAUGUGCCAGCGACGCUACGUGGAAGAUGUUCUCAAGCGUUUUGGCAUGAGCGACUGCAAAGCCGUCAACAGCCCAACAGACAUCAGUUCUCGACUCAUACCAAGUACCGCAGCAACUAAAAUCGACGCCCCGUUUCGUGAAGCAGUAGGCGCUUUAAUGCACUUGAUGACCGCGACACGACCGGACAUUGCCUUUGCUGUGAGUUACGUUUCGCGCUUCAUGGAGAACCCCCAAGUCGAGCAUUGGAUGGCGGUCAAGCGCAUUUUGCGAUACUUUCAAGGGACUAAGUCGCACGGUAUCUGUUUCAAGCCUGAUGACAAGAUAGACUUCUGUGGCUACUCGGAUGCAGACUGGGCCGGCGACCAUGCAGACCGCAAGUCGACUUCAGGAUACGUGUUUAUCCUGAUGGGUGCUCCGGUGAGCUGGGGAAGCAAAAAGCAGUCAAGUGUGUCGCUGUCAACAAGUGAAGCUGAGUACAUUGCACUAAGUCUGGCGAUUCAAGAAGGCAAGUGGGUGCAUCGAUUGCUGUGCGAGAUUCUGGAUGCCGCAGAGGACAAGUCUGGACCCGAGCUCAAGAUCAUGGAAGACAACCAGUCGUGCAUCAAGAUGACGAAGAAUCCGGUGAACCAUGGUCGGGCCAAACACAUCGACAUCAAGUACCACCACAUUCGUGAUGAAGUCAAGCGUGGUGAUGUCAAGUUGGAGUACUGUGAGACUACGAUCAUGUUGGCGGACAUCAUGACGAAGGGACUGCCAGGACCGCGUCACAAGGACUUGACGGCAGCGCUCGGCAUACACGCGUGUUCGCAUUGA